UCAUGUUGACACCAGAUGGCAUCCGCGACUCUCAUUUUGUGCGACCCCCUCCCAUUCAUCCAUCCUCUCCCUGGAUGCGCGUCUAUCCAGCUUGUUUUUCACGGCGCGGGUCUUGCGAGUGGAACGCUCGCGCUCGGACGCGCUGCUGUGAUUGGGGGACUAAAGGAGCGCGCUGCUGUGAUUGGAGGAUUGAAUCAGGGCUCAUCGCGUUACGCGCACGAGUGGAAUGUUCCCUCACACAGAGGCACUACUACAGAGGAAAGAACGAAAGAAACCGGAGAAAACGUCCACGAAAGCAGGAGAAAAUCUCACUACAGAAAGUCUCUAUAAUUCACGUUUUGAAGUAGACCUUCGUCACGAGUCACAAGUGCUAAUUUGGAAGGAUUUUGAGCUGUUUUAGCGCCUUCAUCAAAUAGACAAUUCGGCUGAUCAAAUAUCUUUUCUGACCAGCGUUGAGAAUUUAUUUCCAUAGUGAUGUUGAAUCUGAAAAAGACAACUUUCCUCCUUGAUCCAAAAGAGUCAUGGCAGUUUGCAUUUUAUCUCUGUAGUCAGAAGUGCUGCUAAAAGUCUUCUGACUUGGUACUACAAAGGUUUUUCACAAGAGUUUGUGGCUUUACCUUGAGAUACAUCUCCAGACAGUAGCCUCUUAAUACUGACACCCAUGAUUCCCUGGAUCAUCAUGUACUGCCACACUCGCUACCCUGUGAGGGUCUUAAACCGGAGGAGGCUGUAAAGAGGCCUUGAAGUCUUCAUCACACUCGCAAACUCUUCAUCAGUCUACUCGCGUUCAUCGCUAACUGGUCACUUCAUUGUCUCAAAAGUGGCAGAGAACGGCACAACCAAGACAGCCUUACAGUUUUGCAACUAAGCCAACAUCAUGAAAAGCACUUCCAUGGUCGUCGUAUUUGCCGUUUUGGGAGCUACCGUCCUCCUCUCGCUGCCGGCUGAGGGUGGGCAGAACCCAGACUACAUGCUUCACGGCACUGGGGUCAAGCCCGGAUCGGAUCCAAAGAGGCAACAAGCAGGGGAUGGGUCCACCGUGGCCCCCGAGGAUGCUGCCCGCUUCCUUAGCUGUUAUUGCUCAGGCCACUGCCCUGAAGAUGCCAAAAACAACACCUGCGAGACAAACGGCCAGUGUUUUGCUAUCAUAGAGGAAGAUGAGCAUGGCGAGGGUAUCCUCACCUCCGGCUGCAUGAAGUACGAGGGCUCCCACUUCCAGUGCAAGGACUCUCCUAAUGCUCAGACCAGACGGACCAUCGAGUGCUGUUCCACAGAUUUCUGUAAUAAAUACCUUCAGCCCACACUUCCACCUCCUAUUCCAGGAAAUCCUCCGUUAUGGAACGCCCACUUGCUGGCCUUUCUGAUCUCCGUAACAGUGUGUUGCUUCACUUUGGUGGCCAUAACUGUGGUGUGUUACUAUAGGUAUAAGCUACAGACGGGACGGAGGCGGUACCAAAGAGAUCUGGAAAAGGAUGAGGCCUUCAUCCCUGCAGGAGAGUCUCUCAAAGAUCUCAUUAGUCAGUCCAGCACUGGCUCUGGUUCAGGGCUCCCCCUGCUGGUCCAGCGCACCAUCGCUAAACAAAUUCAGAUGGUGCGUCAGAUUGGAAAGGGGAGGUAUGGAGAAGUGUGGCUCGGUCGCUGGAGAGGAGAAAAGGUGGCGGUGAAAGUGUUCUUUACCCGUGAAGAAGCCAGUUGGUUCAGAGAGACCGAGAUUUACCAAACGGUGCUCAUGAGACACGAGAAUAUACUCGGCUUUAUAGCUGCAGAUAUUAAGGGCACAGGGGCAUUCACUCAGCUUUUCCUCAUCACGGACUACCAUGAGAACGGCUCUCUCUAUGACUAUCUGAAAUACACCACCCUGGACACACAGGCUCUGCUGAGGCUGGCCUACUCUGCAGCCUGUGGCCUGUGCCACCUCCACACAGAGAUCUACGGCACACAGGGCAAACCUGCCAUCGCUCACAGAGACCUGAAGAGCAAAAACAUCCUCAUAAAGAAGAAUGGCACCUGCUGCAUUGCUGAUCUGGGCCUAGCUGUGAAAUACAACAGUGAUACCAAUGAGGUGGAUGUCCCUCUGAGCACAAGGAUGGGAACACGGCGGUACAUGGCACCAGAGGUCCUGGAUGAAACCCUAAAUAAGAACCAAUUCCAAGCGUACAUAAUGGCUGAUAUUUACAGCUACGGUCUCAUUGUUUGGGAGAUGGCUCGCAGAUGCGUGACAGGAGGUAUUGUUGAGGAGUAUCAGUUGCCAUACUGGGACAUGGUACCUUCAGAACCGUCCUAUGAAGACAUGAGGGAAGUGGUAUGUGUUAAAACCAUGCGGCCAGUGGUGUCUAAUCGCUGGAACAGUGACGAGUGCUUACGGGCCAUGCUGAAGCUUAUGUGCGAGUGCUGGGCCCAAAAUCCAGCCUCUCGUCUCACAGCUCUUCGAGUCAAGAAAACACUCGCCAAAAUGGUUGAAUCACAGGAUAUCAAAAUAUGAUCAGUUUUCCCUCCAUAUGCCAGUCCGAGAUAAGUCAUGGAGAUAUUUAUGCUCAAUUUAUGAACUAUUGCCUCAGUUCCUAGACAGACCUGUGGGAGUGCUGCUGAGCAGAACAUUUGCCUCCCUGCCUGGCUGUAAUUCCUCACCCUGUUGCAGUUACGCUCUUAGUGUCAUGUAGCACCCUCUGCUGGACAGUAUGUGCCAUAACGCAUCCACGAGGAAGUAAGGACAGUAAGGACAAUUGUUCGACAGGCAUCAGUACUCACAUCAUCCCCAUCGCCUCCAUUUUUUCCUUCUUCAAGCACUCUUUUAUAUUGGGAGAGAAUUGAAGAACAUAUGGUGCUUUCUGUGAAAGCUGUCUAAUACAAUACAUCUGUAUGGAGGAGUGGUAUGGUGGCACCAUUUGCCAUGGGAGUACAGUAAUGGGGCCAUUUGGGAGAAGGCUUGAGGCUCUGUUAUUGCCUGACUUGAGAGGUGGACAUAUUUGGAGUGAUAUUUGGACCGAACCAGCCAUAUGCUUGGGAUGUGCUCCAGUAUGGCUAGUGUCACAACAUGGCCACUCUGCAUUUGGACCAUGUGCAGUUUUGGCCACUGAAAUGUCAGAGAACGCAUACUAUUUAAUUCAAAUUACCCAUAUUAUCAUAUAUAUGUAUAAAACAUGUCCCGUUAACUACAUAUCGAUAUUUUAAUUAAUAGCCUUUUUGAAGAAUUUUUCCUUCAACUGCUUUCCUUUUAAUGAGACCUGAGAAUCUGUCCAUUAGAUGUUCAAAUACAAAACUGGGAGUUAGCGAUAAGGUUUUCGAAUAGAAACCUUCCCAUAUUGCAAAGACCUGGAAUGGAUAUGUUGUUAGAAAUAGAAAGUUCAGGUAUAAUGAGUUAUGUGAUCAUAACUCCUGCUCUGGCCUGAAGAAUUCAAGCACCACCAGUCAAAUAUUGCCAACACUACAGCCAUAAAAGAUUUAUUAAUCUAGACGAUAUGGUGACUUUUAAUCUCCCAGAAUGGCAGAUCUGAUCUGCCUUAUCGCAGGCGUCUCGGUGCAAAUGGAUGCCUACUGCUCCCGAAUGCCUCAUAACCAUUGUUUUGUUUUAUCCUCUAGCCUUCAAGUCAACCUCAGUGUAUCACAUCUGAUUUUUUCAGUGUCAGAUUGGAUUGCUGUUUUCGAUGCCUCAUUUUAACUGUUUUGCCUUGAAUCUAAUGUUGUGACGCUUGGGAAUCAUAUGACUCAUAAAUGUCUAAUGUGAUAGAAUAAUGCAAAUGCAUGUGCUAUUUAUUCAUGUCAUGUCAUAUAGUAUGAAUUAUUGUGGUAAGAUACUUUUACUUGCAGGAUUAUUAACACUGACAUUCUCAAUGUCUUUACUGAGCAGCUCAACCUUACAAAUACUAGUAACAGUAAAUUUAUGACUUUAAAAUGAAAUUCUACAUUUAAUGACUUCCUAUGAAAGUGUGGGUGUGAAUUAUCAUUAUUUGUCAUUGUUCUAAUGUGUAAAACUAGACCCUUUAAUUUAAUUUUUUUUUUUUUUUUGCAAAAGAUCUUAGUCAAAAAAUGGAAUCACUCUACAAUGCAUUAUUAGCACUUGUGGAAAAUGCAGGUUUAACUUUAAAACCAGGGUCUGUUGCCUUGAAAAACAAGUUGGCCAUUUCUUGAAGUUGUCUAUAGAUGUCUGGGAAAUAUAAUUAAUGAAGAUCUUAUUCCGCUUCUGCGUUAACACAAAGGUACAAGGAAGAAGAGAGACUGGUAAAAACCUUUGCAUUGAAGAUUCAGAUCUCCCAUUGCUUAUGUGUGUCUUUUCUCAUUGUUUGGGCUGCACUUGUGUUCUCAAGCCUAUUCUGUCCAUUACAAUCAUGCCAGUUACCCUGUAAAACCACAUUUGAACUGAUGUAAGCUCAUCUGUCUAGAUAAAUGACUACACAAUAUUUUGGCCCUAAUCGCUUAAUGCGUAAGGAAAUAUGUAAAAUGGCCUGAAUAAUAUGAUUUUUUUUUUUUAUUGUAUUGUGCACAGCAUCUGGUUUAAAGAGAGAUGCCUUAUGUUUACCAAGAAAAGCUGUUCUGUACACAGAAUUAGUCCAAUGUAUCAAUUUUUAAGUAAAUUACCUUAUUUUA